UAAAUUCGCAUGCUGCCACCGAUACUCAAGGUCACGCAUGCUUCAAAGACAGGAAAUUUUCAACGAAUAAACGAGGUUAUUUGUCCAUCAACUACGCCUGAAAACAUUUUGACGGACAGAUAGUGAACUCAACGGUUCAAAAUCCUGCCUUAUGCCACUCAAACAUACUUCCCCAAGGGAAGGGACGCCACCGAGGAUGCACUCUGAUGACAAAUGUCUCUGCACCUAUCCAUUUGGCUUGUCAGAUCAUCCUCCGCCUCCUGAACAUUGUGACAGGCAGACGCUGUUGGAGUGGAGAAUUGGAGUACAAGAGUCUAUUGUCGUCGGACUGCUAGAAAAAAUUUCUCUUUUAAAGGCCGAGAUGUUGGAACAGCUCAAAUACACAAAGACACUGGAUCAAGAGCAGAGCAAUCAUCUACACGAGCUGCAUAUCGAACUUAAGGGACUAAUCGAUACUAUCCUAUCGAUGAAUAAGGAAGUUCAGGCAUUUGAAGAAAAUGUGAGGGACAAGUGGAAGACAGUGAAUGCAGCAGCUGUCACUCUGCGGAAUCUGGAAAACCAUCACGUUUCUAGUUUAGCCGAUAUCAGAAAUCGAAUCACGCAAGAGGAUCAUGCAAUCUCCGAUCUUUCGCAGAAGAUCACCCGGUUAAAAGAUGACGUCCUGUCAUUUUCCGAGCAACGCAAACACGAUAUGAAUGACCUGCAUGGAAUGUUCAAAACUCAAGAUGAAAAGGUAGCUGAGCUUAGUUCCAAAAUCGAAGGUGGCGCCCACAACGCAUCGUCGUCGCUGCAAAAGGCGCAGGAAGAAAUCAGCAAACAGUUGAGGGAUCUUGAGCGUGGGCUACUGCAUCAGAUUGCUGAGACUAACCAAGAACUGCAUUCCACUAGAUCUAACUGUCAAACAGAACGCCAUAAACUGGACGAGAAGCUGUCAGAUAUCAUUAGCUCUGCAUUUUCUGAAUUGGAAAAACGAGUGGCUCGAGCAGAAUCAAAAGCAGAAGAGCUAAAAGUGGAUGUGGAAUUGACAUCCAGAGUCGAUGACGUCGAAAAAGAAUCAUCAAGAUUCAAGCAACAGGUGCUCAAAACAUUCAAGGAUUUGGAAGUGCGGAUUAAUCAAGUGUCUGACGAGAUAUUGGAACAUAACCGAAGGAUUACUGACCCUAUUCGGGAAGAAAUGCGCAAAGGAUUAUCCAACACUCAUGACGCAAUCGCUCAUGUGAAAUCAGUGCUGGAGAGUAAAAUUAGAAUUACGGAGGAGAAUCUGCAGCAGGAAUUGGGACAGCUGCGUAAAAUAGUUUCCUUGUCAUAACCAACUUGCAUAAUGUUAACUGCAAAAAGCCCCAGCAAUUUUUCCAGAUUUUGCGUCGGCCACACAGUGGCCUAUCACACUGCCUUGCACCGCAGUUACAUAAACAUCGAAUAGCAUGUUUCCUAUUUUUUCUUUCUCAUUUUAACUCUGUUGCACUCAACUCCGCGGUGUGAUUGUCGAAGUGACUGUGAUCCACAGCGCUCAGCCGCUGUUUACUUUAGCUGUCUCACUUGCCGACACUGUCAUAAAUACAUACCCUUCUUAAUGCA